UUUUGCAAACAGAAGUAAAAGAUGUUUUACAUUGCGUGCCAUUUUCUGUCAGAGCAUUCUAUCUUUUAACUCACACAAACCGAGCAUCAAAGUGAUUAAUAGUAAUAUUUCUACUUGCCUCUACAGGACUUUACAUGGAAAGGAAGCACUUUCUGAGAAUCUACAAACAUGAAGGAAACCUAUGGUAAACAACGUUGAAGUAUUUUGAAGAGUGAGCAUUAGUCAGUGUGUCUAAAUCAUAGUUGAAUGAAUCAUGGAGGAGAAAGACACAUUCAGCGAAGAAGAUUUUUCUCCAGGAUGCGGUCAAUUUCACGGUCAAGUAUCAAACUCAUUGGAUCUUAACUGUGUGUCCAUCAAGAGUGAUGAGUUUAUGAGAGAGCCAGUAAAAUCUGAAGCAAAACAGCAAUCAACUAACUUGAGGGAGAGAUUUCAUAAGGGGUCUAUGAGAGAGCCAGUAGAAUUUAGAGGCAACACAUCAAGCGAUUUGAGUUUUCAGUCAUUCCAAAAUGGAUUCAAAUUGAAUCUUCUGAAGAAGUUUCAGUGUCUGUAUGAAGGAACAGCAAAGCAAGGAAACCCAACACUCCUGAAUGAGAUUUACACAGAGCUCUACAUCACAGAGAGUGAAAGUGGAGAGAUCAGUAAUGAGCAUGAGGUGAGACAGAUUGAGACACAGUCCAGGAGAGCAGAAACAGAGGACGUACCAAUCAUAUGUAAUGAAAUCUUUACACCUUUACCUGGACAAGACAAAGCCAUCAGAACCGUGCUGACAAACGGAGUUGCUGGCAUUGGAAAAACAGUUUCUGUGCAGAAGUUCAUUGUGGACUGGGCUGAGGGAAAAGAGAAUCAGGACGUCCAGCUCAUAUUUCCACUUCCUUUUAGAGAGCUCAACUUGAUUAAGGACAAAACUCUCAGUUUUUCAGAUCUUCUCCAUAUAUUUUUCCCUGAAACCAAAAAAUAUGAUUAUGAAUAUAAAGUAUUGUUCAUCUUUGAUGGUUUGGAUGAGUGUCGCCUGUCUCUGAAUUUUCAGAGCAAUGUGAAGUUGUGUGAUGUAAGUGAAUCAGCUCCAGUGAAUGUGCUGCUGAUGAACCUGAUUGUGGGGAAUCUGCUUCCCUCCGCUCUCAUCUGGAUCACCUCCAGACCAGCAGCAGCUGAUCUCAUCCCUUCUGGAUGUGUCCAUCGAGUGACAGAGGUACGAGGAUUCAAUGAUCCACAGAAGGAGGAAUAUUUCAAGAAGAGAAUCAGUGACCAGAGUCGUGCUGAUACAAUCAUCACACACCUGAAGUCAUCAAGGAGCCUCCACAUCAUGUGCCACAUCCCAGUGUUCUGCUGGAUCUCAGCCACUGUUCUAGAGAAGAUGUUGAGUGAAGCCGAGAGUGGAGAGAUUCCCAAGACUCUUACUCAAAUGUACACACACUUCCUGAUUAUUCAGACCACUAUCAAACAUGAGAAGGACUAUGAGAAGAAAGUCAAAGACGAAGACAUGUUUGUCAAACUGGGGAAACUGGCAUUUCAGCAGCUCAUGAAAGGUAACCUGAUCUUCUAUGAGGAAGAUCUGAGAGAGUGUGGCAUUAAUGAGACAGAAGCAUUAGUGUACUCAGGACUGUGCACUCAGAUCUUCAGAGAGGAGUUUGGCUUGUUUCAGGGGAAAGUUUUCUGCUUCGUUCAUCUGAGCAUCCAAGAACAUUUAGCAGCUCUAUAUGCACAUCUGUCUCUUAUGAAAAAAAACAGAAACGUGUUUAUUACUCUGUCUUCUAGUCCUUUGAAGCAUUUAAAAAAGACUUUACAUGUUUCAUUAUCUGAGCUGCAUCAGAGAGCAGUAAAAAAGGCAUUCAAGAGUAAAAAUGGACAUCUGGACCUUUUCUUGCGCUUUCUUCUGGGUCUAUCAUUGGAGUCCAAUCAGAUUCUGUUACAAGAACUACUGACACUGAAAGUAAGCUGCUCCUACAACAAAAAAGAAACAGUUGAGUUCAUUAAACAGAAGAUUGGAGAGAAUUCCUCUCCAGAGAGAUCCAUCAAUCUGUUUCACUGUCUGAAUGAACUGGGUGAUGAUUCACUGAUGCAGGAGAUCCAAGAUUUUCUGAAAUGUGGAAAAAUAAGAGAAAAAAAACUCUCCUCUUCACAGUGGUCAGCUCUGGUUUAUGUGUUGCUGACAUCUGAGCAGAAGAUGGAUGUUUUCAAACUAAAACAGUUCAUUGGAUCCCAAAAUAUAGCAGAUGAAGUUCUUCAGAAGCUGCUGCCUUUAAUUAAAGAAUCUAAAUCAGUUCAGUUGAUGGAUUGUGGUGUUACAGAUAAAAGUUGUGCUGCUCUGGCUUCAGCUCUGAGAUUAAACUCCUCACACAUGAGACAUAUGAAUCUGUCACUGAAUAAACUAGGAGCAUCAGGAGUGAAUCUGCUUUCCAAUGGACUCAAGGAUCCUCACUGUAAACUAGAAAAACUGCGGUUGGGUAAGUGUGGUGUCACAGAUGAAGGUUGUGCUGCUCUGGCUUCAGCUCUGAGAUUAAACCCCUCAUACCUGAAAGAACUGGAUCUGUCACUGAAUAAACUAGGAGACUCAGGAGUGAAUCUGUUCUCCGAUGCGCUGAAGGAUCCUCGCUGUAGACUAGAAACACUGCGGCUGAGUGAUUGUGACGUCACAGAUGAAGGUUGUGCUGCUCUGUCUUCAGCUCUGAGAUCAAACCCUUCACAUCUGAGAGAACUGGAUCUGUCACUGAAUAAAUUAGGACCUUCAGGACUGAGUAUGCUUUCUGAUCUACUGAGGGAUCCUCCGUGUAAACUGGAAAUACUGAGGUUGAGUUAUUGUGGAGUCACAGAUGAAGGUUGUACCUGUCUGGCUUCAGCUCUGAGAUCAAACCCCUCACAUCUGAGAGAACUGGAUCUGUCUGGAAAUGAACUAGAAGCAUCAGAACUGAAUCUGCUUUCUGCUGAGCUGAAAAAUCCUCUCUGUAAACUGGAGAUACUGCGGUUGAGUGAUUGUGGAGUCACGGAUGAAGGUUGUGCUGCUCUGGCUGCAGCUCUGAGAUCAAACCCCUCAUACCUGAGAGAACUGGAUCUGACUAAAAAUAAAUUAAGAGACUCUGAUGUGAAGCCGCUCUCUGUUCUGAAGGAUGAUCCACAUUAUAAACUGGAAACGCUUAAGUUGUAUGAUUGUGGAAUCACAGAUAAAGGUUAUGCUGCUCUGGCUUCAGCUCUGAAAUCAAACCCCUCAAACUUGAGAGAACUGGAUCUGUCCAGGAAUGAACUUGGAGAAUCAGGACUGAAUCUGCUCUCUAAUCUACUGAAGCAUCCUCACUGUAAACUGGAAGCACUGCAGUUGAAUCAUUGUGGUCUCACAGAUGAAGGUUGUGCUGCUCUAGCUUCAGCUCUCAGAUCAAACCCCUCACACCUGAUUGAACUGAAUCUGUCUAGAAAUAAACUUCGAGACUCAGGAGUGAAGCUGCUCUCUGAUGGACUGAAGGAUCCUCAUUGUAAACUAGAGAAACUAAGGUUGAAUAAUUGUGAAGUCACAGAUGAAGGUUGUGCUGCUUUGGCUUCAGCUCUCAGAUCAAACCCCUCACACCUGAGAGAACUGGAUCUGACCUAUAAUAAGAUAGGAGACGCAGGACUGAAUCUGAUCUCAGAUGCACUAAAGGAUCCUCACUGUAAACUGCAGAUACUGUGGUUGAAUGAUUGUGGAGUCACAGAUGAAGGUUGUGCUGCUCUGGCUUCAGCUCUGAGAUCAAACCCCUCUCACCUGAGAGAACUGAACCUGAUUGGAAAUGAACUAGGGGAUUCAGGAGUAAAGAUGCUCUCCGACAUAAAAAAAGACCCACAUUUUGAACUGAAGAUUUUUCUGUUUAAGACGUCAGCCCGAUCUUCUCUAGAUCAUACUUUACACUCAACAGAAUCAACAGACUCAAACCCCUAGUGAUCCUCACACACAGAUGUGUUUGUGGGACUUUCCACGACCUUCUGCUCAGUACCUAUUACAAAA